UACCACCUUGCGCGGUUUACCCAGCUCUAACCGUUGUCGGCGUCAGUGGUUCCUUUUUACUGCUCAAUUUCUUAUUUUAAUUUCAUUCGUUCUUGAGAGUAGAUUAAGUUUCUUCAAGAUGUCGAUGUUUUGGGGAUUAAACAUGAAGCCUGAGCGCAAGUACUCGCAGACGAUCAUCAAGUCUUUCCAUAUCUCUGGUGUCGCUCUUGAUAAGGGCCAGGAGGCAAAAUUGUACCUCGCGGCCGAGAAGCAGGAGUACAUUGUGGCCACCGUGACCAAGGCCAUUCCCCAAGUGGCGCUCGACUUAAAUUUCAGCAAGGGUGAUCGCAUUAUGUUCUAUACUGCAGGCGACGCCAGCGUUUCCUUGUUGGGCUACUUGCACGACAUUGAAUCCGAAGAUGAGGACGAAGAAUUCUCCCUCGGUAAUUUGCUGAAUGCCAAGGGAAGCAAGAAGGGAAAGAAGAGUAAUAAGGAUGAUGAUGGUGAGAGCGGCGAGGAAGAGGAGGAGGAGGAGGAUGAAGAAUCUGAUGACAGUCAGCUUGUUGGAGAAUACGAGUCCUUCCUCGAAAACGGUGAGGAUGAAGAGGAUGAUGAUGACGAAGAGGAGGACGAUGAUAGCGGCGAGGAAGAGGAAGAUGACAGCGACGACUCUGAAGCAGAAGAGGAACAACCAAAGGCCAAGGUUGCCAAGCUAUCGCCCGGGGCCAAGAAAGGAGCCAAGGAGCAAAACGGCGUGGCCAAGAAAGAGGAGGUCAAGCAGCAAGAGCAAAAAAAGAAGGAGAAACCGGACGCCAAAAAGGAUCAGCAAAAGGCCAAGGAACCGGUUAAGCAGCAGUCUGGCGGAGAGCGCUCACUUGCUGGAGGAGUGAAGAUUGUGGACGUGUUGGCCGGCAAAGGCGAAGAGGCCAAGCCGGGCAAGCGCGUGUCCGUAUACUACAACGGCCGUCUGCAGUCGAACAACAAGACGUUUGACAGUUUGCUGAAGGGCAAGCCUUUUAAGUUCUCCCUGGGUGGUGGAGAAGUUAUUAAAGGUUGGGAUGUGGGUGUGGUUGGCAUGAAGGUGGGCGGCAAGCGGCGCAUCACCUGCCCCCCGCAUAUGGCCUACGGAGCACGCGGAGCUCCGCCCAAGAUCGGCCCCAACUCGACACUGGUCUUCGACGUGGAGCUGAAGGCAGUGCAUUAAUCGCACUAACUUAACCACAUCAUAUAGACUUGUAAUCAUGUAGCUUUUAAGUCUCUGCGUCGUACGAUGUUAAAUAAACCACUGUUUUCACGCUGUUCAUAAAUCAA